AUGACUGGAAUAAAUGAUUGUGCAAUCGCUGAUGCUUUAGUGGUUAUGGCUCACGUGAUGGGUCAGGAAAAUCAGGAUGUGUUGAAUCAAAAUGGGAUGGCAGAUGAGUUCAUAGGGAUCUACUAUGAAGAUAUUUGGGCUAGAUCUAUUCAUUGUAAGAGUGUUAGUGAGAAGAAAAGUGGAAAUAAAAAUCAUGGAAAAAAUUAUGAGGCAACCGUUGAUAAAGGGAAAUGUAAGGCUUUAUGUGGGAAAGAGACAAGUGAGAGAGGCACUGUUGUUUCUGUCAUAUGUUUUAGUUGUGGAGGAACGGGUCAUCAUGCUAAUGAAUGCAAGAGCUCUGGUCAGAAAUGUUCCAAGUGUGGGAAUCCAGGACACCGUAUUGCUGAUUGUAAGAGAAAUAUGUUGACUUGCUUUAAUUAUGGAGAGCCAGGUCACAUUAGUACUCAGUGCCAGAAACCAAAGAAGGCUUGGUUUGGAGGGAAAGUUUUUGCUUUGAGUGGAGCUGAGUCUAAUAGAUAUGAUAACUUAAUUCGAUGUAUGUGCUUUAUUAAUGGUGUUUCUCUGAUUGUUAUGAUUGACAUGGGUGCGGAGAAUUUGUUCAUAUCUCGUGAUUAUGCUAGAAAGUUGAAUCUUUAA